GUCUCCUUCAAGUCGGGGACAAAAUGUGCAGCAUUGUUUCAGGUUGUAAAGGAGGAGAUAGCGUCUUGCAAUCGAACAGACAUCGGUAAGGAGAUCCGCAACUUUAUCGGCACCUACUGUACAGUGGAGAAUCAUGUUGCCUCCUUCUCUCAUCCAUCCAUCCACGACGCUGCAGCUUGUGCUUUGGGCCAUCUCAAUGACGUGUUGUUACUGGAACAUUGCUCCCUGCAGUUGCUAUAUGAAAGAGUCAGACUUAACAGGGAUGCUAGCUUUCAGUCAACCCACAUUGAUGAUGUCACAAACAUGAUCUACAUCACUUCCAGUCUACAUCCUUUAGUGAUCUCCAGACUGGUGCAAGGUGUCCGAGAAGGGUGUUUUAGAUGGACAGUUGGUCACUCUAUAUUCAGCAACGUCCAAAUAGCCUCCUCCUUCUUGACACAAAUUAUGCCAGACCUGCCCGAGAUUGUUCACAGAAAAGAUACGAAAUCCGGUGAAUGCUUUCUGUAUUGGGUCUCAGUUUCAUCUAACCAUUCACUGUUUGAACACUCGGUGUCACUGAUGUGUAAAGAGACAGACCUUUCAACUUCUAUUGUCAGUGACUUCUACGAUAGUAUCAUAGGCUGUAUACAGAGUGGCAAUCUACUGUAUCUUCAGCGUACUGCUGCUGCACUCAAACAGCUAGACAGUUUUGAUGUUGACAGGAGGACAAAAGACCACAAACACUGCUGAUGGUUGCUGCUGAGGCAGGACAGCUGGAUGUGUUCAACUUCCUACUGAAAGAGGGAGCUGAUGUUUCAGCGACAGACAAUCGACAUUGCAAUUGUCUUCAUUUUUCAUGUAAAUCAGGAAGCAAAGAUAUAGUAAACGUUCUCCUUAAACAGUUUCAACAUCUGAUCAAUGUUGGUGACGAAGAUGGAAAUACUCCUGCAAUUUUAUGUGCUAAAUCAGGGCAGGUGGAAAUCCUCAAACUUCUUGUCUCGCACAAAGCAGAUUUAACUAACACGACUAAGUAUGACAGGAUGAACACUUUUCGAAUAGGUUGUAUCAAUGGUCAUGUAUCAGUUGUAACAUAUUUGUUGACGUGUGAAGCCUUUAAUCUUGACAUGCAAGGAGGAUUGAUGAAACAAACAGCACUGAUGUUGGCAGCUUCAAGAGGACACUAUGAUGUAUACAAUCUUCUUGUGUCGGAGGGAGCUGAUCUGUCACUGACUGAUAAAUACAACAGUGACUGUUUGAUGUUGGCAUGUGAGGGAGGUAACAUGUCUAUAGUGAAACACCUCCUUUCCUUGGCAACAUUUAACAUCAACAGGCAAGGGGGGAUUUUGCAUCAAUCAGCAGUUAUGAUGGCAGCUUCAAGGGGACACUAUGAUGUAUACAAUCUUCUUGUGUCGGAGGGAGCUGAUCUGUCACUGACUGAUAAAGACAACAGUGACUGCUUGAAAUUGGCAUGUUGCGGAGGUAACAUGUCUAUAGUGAAACACCUCCUUUCCUUGGCAACAUUUGACAUCAACAGGCAAGGGGGGAGUUUGCAUCAAUCAGCAGUUAGGAUGGCAGCUGAAAGAGGACACUAUGAUGUAUACAAUCUUCUUGUGUCGGAGGGAGCUGAUCUGUCACUGACUGAUAAAUUCAACAGUGACUGCUUGAUAAUGGCAUGUUGCGGAGGUAACAUGUCUAUAGUGAAACACCUCCUUUCCUUGGAAACAUUUAACAUCAACAGGCAAGAGGAGGUUUGGCAUCAAUCAGCAGUUAUGAUGGCAGCUUCAAGAGGACACUAUGAUGUAUACAAUCUUCUUGUGUCGGAGGGAGCUGAUCUGUCACUGACUGAUAAAUACAACAGUGACUGCUUGAUGUUGGCAUGUGAGGGGGGUAACAUGUCUAUAGUGAAACACCUCCUUUCCUUGGAAACAUUUGACAUCAACAGGCAAGGGGGGAGUUUGCAUCAAUCAGCAGUUAUGAUGGCAGCUGAAAGAGGACACUAUGAUGUAUACAAUCUUCUUGUGUCGGAGGGAGCUGAUCUGUCACUGACUGAUAAAGACAACAGUGACUGCUUGAUGUUGGCAUGUGAGGGAGGUAACAUGUCUAUAGUGAAACACCUCCUUUCCUUGGCAAUAUUUAACAUCAACUUGCAAGGGGCGAUUUUGCAUCAAUCAGCAGUUAUGAUGGCAGCUUCAAGAGGAGACUAUGAUGUAUACAAUCUUCUUGUGUCGGAGGGAGCUGAUCUGUCACUGACUGAUAAAGACAACAGUGACUGCUUGAAAUUGGCAUGUUGCGGAGGUAACAUGUCUAUAGUGAAACACCUCCUUUCCUUGGAAACAUUUGACAUCAACAGGCAAGGGGGAGCUGAUGGUCAGUCAGCAGUUAUGAUGGCAGCUUCAAGGGGACAAUAUGAUGUAUACAAUCUUCUUGUGUCGGAGGGAGCUGAUCUGUCACUAACUGAUACAGGCAACAGUGACUGCUUGAUGUUGGCUUGUUGGGGAGGUAACAUGUCUAUAGUGAAACACCUCCUUUCCUUGAAACAAUUCGGCCAGGGUCAACGGGGAUUAGAGAAGUAUGUCUCUUUUGCAGAAAAAUGGCUCAACAAAGCCAUUGUGAAUCUUCUUAGGUCCUCUUCAUCAUGAUGAUAGUUGCCCCGGACUGAAGACUGAACGUUGUGAACAUGGUGUCUGAACAGGUGUAUGACUGAUAUAUAACUGGCACUGCACAAGCAUGUAUAUAACAUGUUAUGAUGACUCCUGAAGAGAAUACAUAUCUGUGCUACUACGAAAGUUGAUAAAUCAAUAUUUUGUGUUUCAGUGUAACUACAGAGAUUUAAAGUUAAAAUAGUGCAUGUGUGUUACAAAUCAUACCAAUUGCUUAUUUUUUGCUAUUUGCUACGUUACUGUUUUUAAGUAGAAAUGUCACCAGAGAAUGUGUUCAUUAUUUGAUUAUUCUAGGAGUUUUGGUAUUUUUCCAACUGAGACAGGUGGUAUAAAAAAAUAACCUUUAUGGCACUGUUAAAUAUUAACAUUGGAUGAAUUAAAUUUUAUUAACAGAGUUUUCGACCCAAAACCUGACUAGAAGUAUUUAAUACCAACCCCUUCCGUAGGCACUACGUCCAACCCUGACCUCGGAGAAAGUUUGUAAGCUGCUUGGUUCUUCUCACUUUUAUCCGACACUAAUAUUGUAAUGUUUCACAAAUACUGUUUAAUGAAGAUUUACAUUAGGCCACUGGGGGUAUUCCUCCGUUGGUAGUCCAUCAAGUGUCAUAAGUGUUAGUCUUGCGUGAGUCAAUAUCUGUAUCUACGCUUUUCGGUAAACAUUCACAAAAUGAUACAUAUGUUAUAUUUGGGAUUACACUUUCUCAGUAAAGUACAGAUUUGGGAUUCGAACCCACACCCUCAAAAUCAGCAAUCCCAGUUCAUAAAUAAUAUGGUCUGGAUUUCCAUUUGCAUAUGUGAUUCGCUACUCUACUAGUAUCGGAAUGAAAGGACGAUAACCUGUGUCGUUUAUUCGGCAACAUUCCACCUGCACCAUCUGAGUCUAUUUCUUUUGACUAUGGUGACAAACAUUACAUCAAUAAACUUUGUAAAUACCCGAGAAGGUCCAUUCAAACGUAUGUACAGUUUAUGCCUUUUGGUGAUUCUGUAUUAUUAUUCUUAUUAUUAAUAUAUUAUCGCUUAUUUGUUUCUUUGUUUAUUUUACAUGAUGACAAUGAAGGGUAUAUCAUAAAUUUUGUAUUAAUUGCUAGUAUUGGCUACAACUGCCAGGUACUAAACUUAUGGCCAAAGUCCUAGAUUUAUGCUGGAAGCUGAAGAACUUUAAGUUCCUAUGAUCUAUGGUAAGGUUUUGGUUGCUAGUGUUGUACUGCUCGUAUUUUAUAAAUAUUGAAUGUGAUAUUGAUCUAUGUGUUGAUGAGAAUAUUGUAUUACCAUAUGUAUGUAUUUCCACCAACAUUUGUGUAGAAUUGAAUUCAUGUUAAUUGUGAUCUUUGCAGAAUAGAACCAACUUGACUUAUUGUUAUUUAAUAUUGACGUAUCAAUUUCACUUACUACACACAAGAAAGAUAUUCCUGUGUAAGUAUCUGGAUUAAUUAUCUAGAUUUUGUUUCUUGCUUUUCACUAUGGAAGUGAUCUUUUGUAUAUUUUCACCGUUAUUGUUACUUUGCAUAUAUAUUUGUACCUUUGUCUCAUGUAUCAAUAAAUUUGUUAACUCUGA